ACAAACUUUCCUGCGAAUUCAUUACCAGUUUCAGACUCGAGUCCAAUUCAGUAAUCAAUCAAUUGCUACUUCUAUGGAGCUCGAUACUCAAGCAGCCGCAGAAAUGUGCGGCGGAGACGACGACGACGAGAACUUGGUUGUGCUCGAGGACGGAGGUGGAGAGACCAAGAAAUCACUCGACCGAGUUAAAGGGCCGUGGUCGCCUGAUGAGGACGCAAUGCUGAGUCAACUCGUUGGCAACUUCGGCGCCAGGAAUUGGAGCCUCAUCGCCCGUGGAAUUCCCGGCAGAUCUGGAAAAUCUUGCCGCCUCCGUUGGUGCAAUCAGCUCGAUCCUGCCGUUAAACGCAAGCCCUUUACUGAUGAAGAAGAUAGAAUCAUACUCGAAGCUCAUUCCACCCAUGGGAAUAAAUGGGCUUCAAUAGCGAGGCUGUUGCCAGGAAGAACAGAUAACGCUAUUAAGAAUCACUGGAAUUCCACAUUGAGGCGUCGUUGCUUGGAGCUUGGCAAGUCUAAGUUGGAACCAGGCACUGCGGUGGAAGAUACAAGUGCAGAGAAGUCAAAAGCAUCUUCCGAAGAAACACCAUCUUACGGAGAUGCAUACUCUGUUAAAUCAAGUGAAGGUAAAGAUGUCAGCUCCCUAGAACUUGUGGAUGAUAGUAACCUUUCGGACAAGGCUCGAUUUGGAAUUCAGUAUAUUGAGAGAUCAAGAGGCCCUAUGCCUUUAUGCCGCCCUGUUGCACGCAUUAGUGCAUUUACUGUUUAUAAUCCAAUUGAUGGAACAGAGACUGCAUGCCCAUCCCCUUCACUCCCAGUUUCCAAUUCAGAUGCAGGGAUGUCAAAGUUGCUUCAAGGAACCGGGAGUGAACUGAGUUUAAUAAUAGUCCCUCAGCAAUGUGGCCAUGGUUGCUGUGAAAUAUCUAAUGGAAUGGUACGAGUGAACUCUUUGCUGGGCCCAGAAUUUAUGGACCAUGUGGAACCGCCAUCCUUCACAAGCCAUGAAUUAGCUGAGUUGGCAGCUGAUAUAAGUAAUGCUGCAUGGUCUAAAAGUGGGUUGGAGAGCAGCAACAUAAAAGCAAUGGACAAUAUGGCCUGUGGGUUGCUAUGUAGCAGCAGUAUCAAUGAACGAGGUGUCUUGGAUAAAAUGUAAAGAUCAAAGAAUGAGAUAACGAGCAUAUCAUCCCUGUUGCAGUUAUCAGAUAGAGUGAGUUGGCAGUCGGGGUCUGAAUUGAUGUGAGCAAUACGAGUAAAACACAAAGUAUCGAAUUGCUCGACUACUAGAAGGAUAAAGUUGUGACUAUGAUAAACAGGACAAAUUUGAACUACUGAAGUUGGUUUGUGAUUGUUGUGCUAGCAAGUAGAUCAUAAAAUGGUUGAGUUGCGGAAUGGAAGAUUCACUUCUGCAGGUAUAUUUAGAUAGCUUUUAAAUCCAUUUUCUCUAUAGCUCGUUCUCUCUCUUUGUGACAUAAGAUUAGUUUAACUAUUAGUUUGUUCAUUAAACUGUGAAAUCCCUUGUGCCUUAGGAAUAUUGCAGAAUUUAACUUAUCGUGGCUUCACCAUAGAUCACCGAGCAUAUUGUAAUCUUCUAAGUUCUAAUGACCUUGAUUUUUAUUUUUUUGCAUUAGACAAGCACAAUACAAUAUGUUUCAGUUUUCAUGCUUCCAAACAAGAUUUUUGUAUUCGUUCA